ACUCUGUUUGCCGAUGGUUUAUUUGCAUGUGCAAGUGCAUCGUUCUUGCAAUCCGUUUUGAAGGUUCAGUAAAUCGAACCGUCAUUGCCGUGGUGAUUCUUGAACGAAGUGGAUCAUAUAGUUUGUUUUUCAACAACCCAGGAAUAAUUUGGGAGCCGCUGAUAACAUUGACCCAGCCGGCAAGAUGCUAAUUAAAUCAACGAUUGCCAUACUCUGUCUUCUCGUUCUAGUUAAGGCCGAUCUGGUUAGAGUCCAGCUGCACAAGGAGGAAAGCGCACGUCAGCACUUCCGAAAUGUUGGCACUGAAAUUAGACAAUUGCGUCUUAAAUAUGGUGCGCUCUCGGGACCUCUCCCGGAACCGUUGUCUAACUACAUGGAUGCUCAAUACUUCGGGGCAAUCUCCAUCGGUACACCACCACAGAGCUUCAAAGUAGUGUUUGAUACGGGAUCAUCCAACCUUUGGGUGCCCUCGAAAGAGUGUUCCUUCACCAAUAUCGCAUGUCUGAUGCACAACAAGUACAAUGCCAAGAAGUCAUCGACAUUCGAAAAGAACGGAACAGCUUUCCACAUCCAAUACGGCUCUGGCAGCUUGUCCGGUUAUCUCUCAACCGACACGGUCACGAUUGGAGGUGUUGCCAUUGCGAAGCAAACAUUCGCCGAAGCCAUUAGCGAACCCGGUUUGGUGUUCGUGGCUGCGAAGUUUGAUGGAAUCCUUGGACUCGCCUACAGCACAAUCUCGGUUGACGGAGUCGUUCCGCCGUUCUACAACAUGUUCAACCAAGGUUUGAUUGAUACGCCUGUGUUUUCCUUCUACUUAAACCGAGAUCCAAAUGCUGCCGAAGGAGGCGAAAUUAUAUUUGGUGGAUCCGACACUAACAAGUAUACGGGAGAUUUCACCUACCUGUCGGUAGAUCGGAAAGCCUACUGGCAAUUCAAGAUGGACUUGGUGAAGGUCGGAGAUGCUGAGUUCUGUAACAAUGGCUGUGAGGCUAUUGCCGACACCGGAACCAGUUUGAUUGCUGGACCGGUUUCGGAAGUAACCGCCAUCAACAAGGCUAUCGGAGGAACACCCAUCAUCAACGGAGAGUACAUGGUGGACUGCUCUUUAAUUCCUAAGUUGCCAAAGAUUACCUUCGUGCUGGGUGGCAAAGCAUUCGAACUGGAAGGCGCCGACUACAUUCUCCGAGUGGCACAAAUGGGAAAAACAAUCUGCCUGUCCGGAUUCAUGGGAAUUGAUAUUCCACCACCAAACGGUCCAUUGUGGAUUCUGGGUGACGUUUUCAUUGGAAAAUACUACACCGAAUUCGAUAUGGGUAACGAUCGAGUUGGUUUUGCAACAGCUAUUUAAGUUACUUCAGAUACAUCUGAUAGACUAUUCUAAUCUUGUAACUCCCAAACCGAAGAAAUAGACUUUCUUUCAACUUGAAGCCAAAAUUAAUUUGAUCUUUAAAUAAAACCAUUGUUGAAUGCUUUA